GGGCCUCCCUAGGGGCGGGCAGGGGUGCGGGCGGCCGGUCGGUCCGAGGGCGUCACCGCCUCUCCCUCCUGGCGCCGCCGCGCAGAUGGCCGCCUCCGACCCCGGGGAGAGGAGCUACGACGACAUGCUGAGGAUGCUGUCGGACCUGAACAAGGACCUGGAGAAGGUCCUGGAGGAGAUGGAGAGGCUCUCAGUUCAGGCCACGUGGAUGGCCUACGACAUGGUGGUGAUACGCACCAACCCCACACUGGCAGAGGCCAUGCGCCGGCUGGAGGACGCCUUCCUCAACUGCAAGGAGGAGAUGGAGAAGAACUGGCAAGAGCUGCUCAGUGAGACCAAGCGCACGCAGUAGGCCCCCCACACCUCGGCCGCCAGGCGGCUGUCUGCCUGUGUGCAGAGCCACUGGGGGUG